AAAAUCGAGCGGACAAGAAAAGCACAACAGAAUCAAACACAACUCUCUCUCAAGAGUAAAAGCUAAGCAACCAAUUUUCUCACUCUCUUUAACCAAUUUUCUCACUCUCUUUUUAACAAUAAAUAAAAGCCAUCGCCAACUAAAAAGAAAAAAGAAAAAAAAAUCAUCAGAGAGUUCUCGAAUCAGUUUCAAUGGCGAUUAACAAGCUCCCACUUCUUCUCCUUGUUUCCGUCGUCCUUGUCUUCCUCAAUCGCCCUGUGCUUAGCGACACCGAUGAAGAGGACGUUCUUUUCACAGGCAUCAACAGCUACAGAACAUUACAGAAUCUAACAAUAUUAAACAAGAACGAAAACGCAGAAUGUCUAGCCGACGAGAUCGCUGACCAAUUCAAGAAUAAGCCAUGCACCAACGACACUGGCUCAGCCACAGUACCUGGAACCGAGCCACAGUUCGCAAACUACCCUCAGAUUCUAGCUAAAUGCCACUUAAACGUCUCAGAUACAAGAGACGGCUCGAUUAUGCCCGCAUGUGUUCCUCGUUUAGACUCGAAUCUCGUCCUCACAAACUUCACCAAGUCACAGUACUCGAUGAAUUUAAACGAUUCUAAGUUUACAGGAAUGGGUAUUGGUAAAGAAGAUGAUUGGAUCGUUGUGGUUCUCACUACCAACACACCAGAAGGCAGCUAUUCCACAGCUUCAAAGGAGGAUUCUAAUGGCUUUACCUUUAGUAUUGGCCUCUUUAAUUAUUUGCUAGUUUUCUUGUUGUCCUUUUCUUUCUUCCUCUUUUGAGAGAUAUCACAUGUUUUGAGUUUCAUUACAAUAAUACUUUUGCUUAUUAUAGUUACUAGUAUUUUUUUUUUU